AUGGACGCGGAACCGCAGAUCAAGGCCCUGGUCGAAACCCUGGCCCCCCGUACCGCCCACCAGUACAAGCUCUACCAGUCCAAAUACAUCGAGUGGUGCCGCAGCCAUGGCCUCGUCCGCUCCCCGCCCGCCUCCGGGCCCUACGCCGACGUGAUCGUCACCGCGUCCCUCGUGCACUGGUUCGUGCUGGCCCACUACGUGUGCGCAGCCGACGCUCAAUUCAGCGCCUCCGCGCUCCGCAAGCUCGUCAGCGCGCUCAAGUUUCUGCACCGGCUGUGCCGUGUCUACGACCCGGCGUAUCCCUACCGUCUCGACGGCGACUACCUCGAGGCCGUCGUCCGCCUGCACAUCGCCGCCACCGCCGAAAACCCGCCCGUGUCCCCGCUGCGCACCGUCUCCGUCAACAUGUGGAACCCUCACACCAGCGCGCUCUCCGAAAAGUACUUCCGCGGCGGCGUCGAGAAACUGCGCUUCCUCGUCGACUUCCACCUGCAACAAUUCUGGCGUCUGCGCUUCCAAGACCGGUCGCGUCUCAAGCUGGGCGACCUACGCACCGCGGACGGCAUGCUGCUUUACCAAUCUGCCACUGCCCACGACGAUACCUUGCACACACGCCGUUUCGCCGCGCUCCCGCAACGCGAACCCUGGGCGUGCCCGCUCGUCUCGCUCGCAGCCUAUCUGUAUCUGCGUUUCUACGGUGCACACAAGUCCUACAAGGGUGACGGGUUCCCCAACUUGCUCGACAACGACGAUUGGUCCCACUUGCCGCUAAUCAGGGGCAAGUCCCACGACAAAUACCCGCGCGAAGAGACCAUGAGCAACUACUACUCCGACGUGUUUCGCUACUGCCAUCUGCCCUACAAGCGCAGGGAAUACUUCCAACUGCGAUCUACCGAGUCUGUGCAGUUUCCCGCAACCACUCCCGACGAAGACCAGCAAUUACAACAAUUGGGCCAGGGCGCGCAACAGCGAUUCUUCCCAGAGCAAAUCCCGCUCGAUUUCCUACGAGCCAUGAAUCAUUACCCCAUUUACGAAACUGCCAACGCGACUUUGGUCCCUGCGCCACGUACCAUGCCCCAAGUGGUCCUUGUUCAAGUUUUCGCCGAGAUCCAAGAGUAUUCACGCCAGUGGGACAAACUGGACGCCAACGCUCAGGAGUUUCUGUCCGUGAUGACUUUGUUGCGGGAUUCGCUUGUGGCCGCAAUGCCGUUCAUAUACCACGCAUUCCCCGAACACGACCUAUUCCGUGAUCCAAUGUACCAAACACCUGAGGUCCAGAGCUAUUUCCAAGAGGUCAUUGAAAGCUGUCGUUCCAACGGUCAAUUGGCGAAAUAUGAACCUCAAACGUUUGGCCUGCUGGGCGCGGAACCUGAUAUAGCGCCUCCGUCCCAGCCCAACCCUGCACUGGCAAUUGACCUGGUUACCCAUUCAGACACGGACAGCGCGUCUCUGGUGUCGUACCUCCGAGAUCAAACUUUCCAAUUUGUGCAAUUCCAAACUGCGACGAAUUUCCAUCUUCUGAUCUCAUUGCUGACGCAGGUGUUUGAGCGGCUGGAAACAAAAAAAAGUAAUAGAGAGCUCAUCAUCCACCAAUUGGGGUCCCUCGAACAAACCUUGAAGGACCGCAUAGCAAAAACUACACCGCAAGAUGUCAAACAAGAAGAAUCUGAAUCGAAUACACUACGUCAAACUGUCACCCAAUCUACUCCGAGUGCUCUGGAAUACCAACAACCGUCUGACAGAGGCACGCCAGACGAUGUAAGUGAAAUAGACAGCAACGAUGAAGACGAUGAAAACAUACGAGAACUUCAAGUGCUGGUGUCUCAGUUACUCGACACAAAGAUGAAGGACAUGUUCGAGGCUCAAACAACGAAAAUGACGGCACAUAUACAGUCCAUAGUCCAAGAGCAAAUUCGCAAGCAGGUGCGCGAGGAGGUGCGAACGCAAUUGGCAUAUUUGCUCAACGGACACUCUCCAACGCCGUCCCCAGCUCCUCAAUCGAUACCACAGAAACGUGAAAGAGAGGAUGAUCGCCCUCCUCCUCCUCCUCCUCCUCCUCCCUCUCCUCCUCCUCCUCCUCGUCCCCUCUCCCCUCUCGGCUCUCCUACUCCUGAUCCUGGCCACUUCACAAUCUCACCAGAGCUACAAAGCAUUGAGGACGUGAUCCUGGAGUGGUUCACCCCCAACUCACAACUUAACGGCGAAUGCAUACAUUCAAUGAAUCAAAAGCAUGGGAAAAAGUGGCGUCUCAAGGAUAGCACCACCAAAGACCUCUACAGACAACGCAAGACCAUCGUUGAGUUUUACAUUUCGCUCGUCAACGAAAGAAAUUUGGGCAGAUAUGAGGCCGUUGCACUUUGUGAACGGCUGCGUGGUGAAAGAAAUCUCGAAGAGUUCAGCUCAUGGCUGAGAAAUUGGAAAAAAACGCAUAAUCAAUCCUAUAAUGAUCUUCAUUAA